AUGGAAUCGAACCGUAGGAAUCCACAGAAUCAUAUUGAUUUCUCUGAACUCCCACCAAGUAUAACCUAUCUAUCACUCAAAUCAACCUACAGAAUGAUAUCAGCAAUGCCAACUUCCAUCAAAUAUUUACAUCUCUAUCAAUCCAACUAUAUGCAUUGCCUACGCUUCAUACAAUCAAAGCAUCUCUCAAAACUCAAACAAUGGUACAUAUUACAUUAUAAAACCAGAUUGGAUGAUUAUAUUAAACAAUUGGUCAUCCCAAGAACAAAUGAUAUAUUGGAUAUCAUAUCAAUUUCGGGCAGUAUCUUUGCUGAUUUCGAUCUGGCUCCUAGAACAGCCAAAACAUUGAUCAUCGACUACAGGCUUGGAUAUCCAACAUUCAUUCCUCCAAACAUUACUAACAUUAUCAUUCAAGAAUAUAACAAAUCUUGUCAUAUAAGAAGACUUAAACACCAAAAAAAAAAUCAGUUAAAUCUUAUUUAUUCCGAAUCACGCCUUAUGUCACAACAACACAAUAUAUUUGAAGAUUUACCUUUUCUAAUAUUAAGAGCAAUUGUUAAUAGAAUAAAUGAUAACAUAGAUAGAGUUUGCUUUAGUUUAGUUUGUAAGAGAUGGUUUGAUAACAGAGAUAAAUAUCUAUUGUUCAAUGCCAACACUUUAAAAACAAUACCAACAUUACGAGACGAUAGUGAAUGUAAUACCAAAUCAAAUGUAUUAGGUUCCUAUCAGUCGAUAUAUUCGAAUUCAUUAGAGUUUAAAGAUAAUGCUACAAUGAUCAUUUUAGAUAAUCAUACUCAAUUUUUUACAGAUUAUUACGACUUUGUGUACGAUCAUUAUAUAUUAUCUCAGUACGGUAUUCCUUCAAAUGUUAGAUCUCUUUUUAUAUCUACGCGUGUCGAUCUUCGUGAUGAUGCAUUGUUGUCGUCGAACAUCACAAAUAUAAUAGGUUACAAGAGUUUCAAACUAAAACUGCCACCAACCACCAAGAUUUUACAUGUAGGUAGUACUAUCCGUGAGAUUUUGACCAAAGAUUGUUUUCCUUCUGGUUUAGAGCAACUCAAUUUGAAGUUUUUAAGGAACCAGAUUACUAAAGGUAUGCUACCAGAUGGUUUAAAGAGCAUUCAUUUUGAACUUGAACAAGAUCAACCAAUAGAACCAGGUGUUCUACCUUCAUCUCUCUUGAAGUUAACUUUAAUCAAUGCCAAACCCAAUCAACUCAUCAAAAUGGGAGUACUUCCACCGAAUCUAGAGUAUCUACGAAUCAAUGGUAAUAAACCUCCAAACAUAAGUGAAAGUUAUUUACCACAGACUCUUCAAACUCUUGAAUCUAUACCUUCAAGCUGGAUUCCAUUGAUCAAAUCACUGCCAAAUUUAACAACUCUUGUUUUGGAGAAUCCAGAUCCUAUUAAAGAGAAUGUUUUAAACUUGUCAGAUCUUCCACCAACAUUGACAAGUCUAUCAUUUAACUCUGAAUAUCAUUUGACAUCAGCAUUGUCGCCAACAAUCAAAUACCUCUAUCUCCAUCGUAUUCAUAACAACAAUGGUGUACAAUUAUAUGAUUUCAAAGAGAUAUUUCCAGAGACAAUACAAUAUCACUUGAUAGAGUUAACAGCCUUCAGCUUGCCCGAAUCAGUUUUACCAAAUCUCAAGAUUGACAAAUUCAUCCAUGCAAACGAAUCAUUAUUUUCAGAUCUACCAUUAUUAAAUGUGGAUCAUAUGGAGGUUAAAGUAAUACAAAGAAUCGAACAGAGUAUUAUCAAAUCUACAAUGAAUUUGCCAACACUUCCAUAUGGAACCAAAUAUCUUCAAAUCAGUUUGGAGGAACUUGUUCAAAAUCCACUUACAAUUCCAACAUCGGUUGAAACUCUUGAAAUUGUACAAGCAACUCAGACUUUAAAAAAAUUAGCAAUCUAUGUGAUUCCAGAUUUUGUUCGAACAUUAAUCAUUGACUUUUCAUUCGAAUAUCCACUUUACAUUCCACCAACUCUCACCAAUAUCACAUUUAAAUAUUUGAGUGUUGGAAAAGAUAAAUAUAACGAAAAUCAAUCUCAAUACAAAUCAAAUGUAUUAGGUUCCUAUCAGUCGAUAUAUUUGAAUUCAUUAGAGUUUAAAGAUAAUGCUACAAUGAUUAUUAUUGAUAAUAAAACUCAAUAUUUUACAGAUUAUUACGACUUUGUGUACGAUCAUUAUUCAUUAUCUCGGUACAGCAUACCUUCGAAUGUUAGUUUUGUUUUUUUAUCUACACGUAUCGAUCUUCGUGAUGAUGCAUUGUUGUCGUCGAACAUCACAAAGAUAUUAGGUCCUAACAAUUUCAAAUUGAAACUACCACCAACCACCAAGUUUCUAAAUAUUGGUUGCACUACCAGUGAGAAUUUGACUAAAAAUUACUUUCCAUCUGGUUUAGAGGACCUCAAAAUGAGAAUACCUUUAGAAUAUCAUCUCACUAAAGGUAUUCUACCAGAUGGUCUGAAAAGCCUCCACAUUGGUUUUAAACAAGAUCAACCAAUUGAACCAGGUGUUCUACCUUCAUCACUCAAGAAGUUAACUUUAAUAUUAGCCAAACCGAAUCAACUCGCCAAAACCGGAGUACUUCCACCGAAUCUAGAGUUUCUACAAAUCAAUUGUGAUCCACCUCCACACAUAAGUGAAAGUUAUUUACCACAGACACUCCAAACUCUUGAAUUCGUACCUUCAACAUGGGUUCCAUUGAUCAAAUCACUGCCAAACUUAACAACACUAAGUUUAGAGAAUCAAGAUCCUGACCAGAAUGUGGAUGUUUUAAACCUGUCAGAUCUUCCACCAACAUUGACAAGUCUAUCAUUUAAAUCUAGAUAUCAUUUGAAAUUGGCAUUGUCGCCAACUAUCAAAUACCUUUACCUCUAUACUUUUCAAAUUGACAUCGGUGUACAAUUAUAUGAUUUCAAAGAGAUGUUUCCAGAGACAAUACAAUAUCACUUGAUAGAGUUAAAAGCCAUCAGUUUACCAGAAUCAGUUUUACCAAAUCUCAAGAUUGACAAAUUCAUCCAUGCAAACGAAUCAUUAUUUUCAGAUCUAGCAUUUCUAAAUAACGAUCGUUUGGAGGUUAAAGUAACGAAAGAAGGAACCGAACAGAGUAUUUUCAAAUGUUCAUUGAAUUUACAAACACUUCCAUAUGGAAUCAAAUAUCUUCAAAUCAGUUUGGAGGAACUUUUUAAAAACCGAGUAACAAUUCCAACAUCAGUUGAAACUCUUGAAAUUGUACAAAUAGCAGUGACUGGAACAAAGUUACCAGUAUAUGGGAUUCCAGAUUUUGUUCGAACAUUAAUCAUUGAAUGUUCAUUCGAAUAUCCACUCUACAUUCCACCAACUAUCACCAAUAUCACAUUUAAAUAUUUGAGUUUUGGUAAAGAUAAAUGUCAAGUCAGAAAGUUAGAUUCAAAUUAUUAUCUAUUAUUUGGUUGGCCAAACAAAGAUAAUUAUCAUGACAAAAGAAUUACAAAAAUCAUUCACAAAUCAAAUUUUAAUCAUUAUUUUAGAAAAUCUCAAUUAUUUAUUGAAUAA